AUGCGCAUCUUGUUUACAGUAUUUGCUUUCGCCACGUUGUUACUUCUGGAACGGACCUUUGCUUCGCCGUUGAUAGCAAAGCGCAUGCCAGAGGCCCAUUCGAACAACUUAGUAUUCAUUGGGUAUAGGCAAGUUCCAGUUUUCAUCUCAAUCAGGUUCAUGUUCUUGAAUCUUCAAAAGCGCACCGCAACUAUAUACAACAAGAAAAAUACAUUGGUGUAUACAACUAGAGAGUAUACGCAGCUGGGGAAAGGAGCAUACCUUACGAGACGACUGGGAGACUGGGAGGAGGACUAUGUGUGUGCAGUUUACGCUGAUGCAGCAAAGCUUGCACCGGCCAAAAAGUUGUGGUUAGACAAUUAUGAGCGCGAGAGCCCGGUGAGAGAGGAGGUGAUCAAGACCAAGUUAAAGAUGAAGGAAAAAAGCAUCCACAAAGUCAUCCUUGUUUCCGGAAUCUGGGGGUCGGAUGACCGAUAUAGCGAGGUGCAAAUGCUCAUCCCUCCUUAUUUACUCGCAGACAAGCAUAGCAUUGGAAAGCUUGGAAUUUAUGUGACUUGUGUACCUUGGGACAACCGUGCAGAACUCCCCACCAACGAGGACGCUGAUUGGGGUAGCCUAUCCAUUGUUGGAUACUAG